AAUCAGAUAUCCCGCCCCGCACUGUUGCCAUGUAGGAGCUUGUCGCCUGACCUCUUGACUGGGAUGCUGUCACUUGCAAGUCGUUAAACGCAGAGCCGCAUGGCGAUGAGAAGGAUAAAGACAUGUCGAGUGAGGGGGCAGUGAUGGUCUGGAACAAGGCCAGCACAUCCGCCUCACGGUCAAGAAAACCACACCGUUCAUCAAGGAUUUUCUGCACGAAGACGCGCCAGUAGUAAGCGAUGUCGCGCACUCGUCCCGGCUCAGUGCCCUCAUACCUUUUCCAGAUCGACGAGAUUUACGAGAACACGGGGGAUUCUCUUGCCCAAUAUGAUACCCAUGGUAUCUGGCAGCCUACGACAGGUCCUUAUGCGAGUCACGACUUCACGCCUGGUGUAGGUGCUUCGGGCAAAAUUUGGCUCUGCGAUGGGUUGCAGAUACGCGAAGUCUCGCAGCUCCCUUGGAAUGCCCAAUGGUAUAAAACCUUUUCGGUGUACUACGGUUGUGGAGCUGGAUUUUGGGUGCUGCAAGGAGAUGCGCGAAAUCCGCCGGUUCACGACGUUUUCCACAAACUGCAGUUCAACUAUUACCAGCACCCUCCCGAAUCAUCCUAUCUGACUAAUGCUGGUCAACACAACAUGCUCCGUGUACAACUGCAAAACGGGGCGGCAGACCUGCUCUUACCCGACAUAUACCAUACCAACGCUACUGCCUCACAUGUUCAAUAUGGCGGAGUCGUGGGUGAGCUGCCGAUAUUUCUAGCUCUGAUGGCCUUCACGACGUCUCGAGAGUAUCUUCCAUCGGUUUUACCCCAUAUGUUCACAGAAGGGCGCUGGAACCCAUGGCACGGAUGGCGAUUCCCCAGGCUUCCACAGCGCGGUGUUGUUGUCAAAGUUUACAACUGCCCUAUUGACUACCCACCAGAGAGACCACGAGGCUCGACAGCUACAGAUCUCUACAACUACGAGAUAGGUAGUACUGUCAAAUACUUCAACUAGUGGGUGUUCCAGGAUUGGUAGGCGACAGACGCCGCCUAAGCUCGGAUCAUCACCCACAAGCUGUUCUGUCAGCCUUACAGCCCUACCGGCACUUGACCGGUUUCCAUCUGCACCGCCCCGCUUGAUAUACGCAUGACAUACGCUAUUCCAUUUGCAGUAAGUAUACAUGGUCCUACUCCUAUGGACAGUUCAUUGCACUCAAUCACCGUAACGCGGAAUCUUCCUUAUCUACUGCACGAUUCUUAUUCUCGGUUUUAUGCUGGAAACAUCCGCAUUCUCCUGGCUUUGUGUUCUCUCAUAUUUCUUUCACAGAUUGCCAACCACUGUUACAAUAUCCAUGAUCCA